CUGCCCGGUACCGGGGCGGGGGAGGGAGGGCGGCACCGCCGCGUCCUUGGGGCGCUCCGGGAGCGGCGGCAGGGGACAGGGAAGCGGCCCCGGGCAGGGGGGACAUGCGGGCCCGGCCGCCGGUGGCCGGCGCCCGCCUCCCGCAGGCCACCUCCCGCCGCGAUGCCGAGCCCCCGGAGCAGCCGCGAGCGCCGCGCGGGCGGCAGCGGCGGCCGGCUGGAGUUCCUGUCGCUGAGCCAGCGCGGCCCCGCCGCCCCCGACAGCCCGUCCCGCCGCAGGGAGCUGCCGGCGGCCGCGCCCCUGCCGGAGGAGGACUGCAUGAAGCUGAACCCGUCCUUCGUGGGCAUCGCGCUCAGCUCCCUGCUCGCCAUCGACCUCUGGGCCUCCAAGCGCCUGGGCGUGUGCGCCGGGGAGGGCUCGGCCUGGGGCAGCGCCCGCCCGCUCAUGAAGGUCAUCGAGGUGUCGGGGCACGGCAUCCCCUGGCUGCUCGGCACCUUCUACGGGCUCUGCCAGAGUGACAGCUCGGCGGCCAGGGAGGUGCUGCUCAACCUGCUCUUCGCGUUGCUGCUGGACCUGGUGAUGGUGGCCGUGGUGAAGGGGCUGGUGAAGCGGCCACGGCCCACCCACAACAAGAUGGACAUGUUCGUCACCAUCUCGGUGGACAAGUACUCCUUCCCCUCGGGCCACGCCACCCGCGCCGCCCUGGUCUGCCGCUUCGUCCUGCGGCACCUGGUGCUCGCUGUCCCGCUCCGUGUCCUCGUGGUGCUCUGGGCCCUCAUCGUCAGCAUCUCCAGGGUGAUGCUGGGCAGGCACAACAUGACAGACGUGCUGUUCGGGCUGGUGCUGGGCUAUGCCCUGUACAGCGUGGUGGAGCACUGCUGGCUGUCCCCGCUCAACGCGCCCGCCCUCUUCGCGCUCUGGGACCACUGACGGACGGGCUCCUCACAAAGGAGGGGCGUGCACUGGUUUCCUAAGCACGCACAAGGGAGGGGAUACUGGGACUUGAACUCGCAUCCUAAACCCCAUCAGUCUGGCCAAGACUUGUACACGAGCGGUGCUGCAGGCUCCUGGUCUGCACUUGGAUGUUUGGUGCUGUCUUGCCCUCCUGGUCAGGUGUCAGGCAGGGUCUGCACUGCCCAAACAGCUGCACUGACUGUUCUGUGACAAAAAAAAAAAACAGUCUCUGCAGAGCCUGGGGAGGGCUCAGCACAUUUCAUCCGGCAGCUUGCUGAUGAUACUGUGAAUCUGCAUGCUCUUGCUGGUCACUUGCAAUAGCCCAUGGUGUAUGUGGUAGCUGUGACUUUGCAGAGGUUUGUCUACAAUCACCCAUGUAUCUGUAUUCUAUAAAUACACUGAUCAUGCUGCUGUCAUAAGCA